GUUGAGCUUACACAGUGAAGAGUCUUUGAGUGUAUGUGAAGUGCUGCAACAACACUACGAACAAGGGGACAUCAGAAAGGAUGAGGUCUAUGGCGUUAUGCAAGAUAUUCUUUUGGCUGGAAUCGUGACAACAUCAACAACUUUGAAAGCAUUUCUGUUGAUUUUGGUCAACAAACCUGACGUCCAGAAAAAAAUACAAGCUGAAAUUGAUGAUGUCAUUGGUGAUGGACGACUACCAACCUUUGCAGAUAGGCAUAAUAUGCCUUAUUCAGAAGCUGCAGUUUUGGAAAUUCUUCGCUACAGCACGACUACAACAUUGUCUAUCCCCCAUAAAACUCUUUGUGACACCAGUGUAGGUGGUUACAAAGUACCACGUGGAACAAUGGUUUGGAUGAAUCUUUGGGCAUUACACCACGAUGAGAAGUACUUUGAUGAGCCAUAUGAGUUCAAGGUGGAAAGAUUCUUGGAUGACAAUGGUAAAUCUCUUUCAGCACAUGAACGAAAAUCAUUUCUACCAUUUGGAAUUGGUAAACGAGAGUGUUUAGGAGAAGCAA